GUGGCGGGCGCGCGCGUGCUCAGUGGCGGUCUGGACACGCCUGGCCGCGGCCACGACCUGCGGGACGUGGUGGCUGUGCUCGUCACGCCCGAGACCACCCAUACAGCGCUGGCUGACCCCGUCGAAUGGGUCAUAGAGGAGGGCGGAGACAUAUCGCUGCUGCGAGAGCUCUCCAUGGAGCCAAGCCGGUCGGCGCUGCCGCAGCGGGUCGCCGCGCUCGUCACUGAUCAGAACGAGACCCUGCUGCGGGCUCUCCGGCUGCCCAAUGUCAGGGUUGUCGUGUAUGCCACCCACUCGGCUAACCGGGCCGAGAACGAGGAAGUGGUGUUCGGUGUGGUGGACGAGGUCAACGAGCAGCAGCGGCGGCGGUGGCAGGCCGCGCGGGACCACAGCAAGCUGGAGACCGAGACCCCACCGGACAAGCUGUUCGAGUUCCGUCAGCUCGUGACCAUACCGGACGAAAACAACGAAGACAUUGGCAUUCCAUUUCUCGUACUGCCACAGACCUCGACGUCGUCGGGAGUCUUCAUCUCCGUGAUAGUGAAAAACAUGGACUUCAUCCAGCGGGAGCACCGGUCCGUCAUUGACGACGCGUUCGGCAUGGGCAUGCUAGAUAAGGUGGGGGGUCCGGCGCCGGCCACCGAGCCAGCCGAGAGCCGGCCCAGCCGCCGCAAGCUGCGUCGGCCCAGGGCUGCCGUGCGCUCCGACCGGCUGAUCGUAGUCGGCAAGAAGGAGCCGCCACCGGCAGCCGCCGCCGCCGCCACCACCGUACCGCUCCACGUGCAUGUACCGCACCUGCAAGACUGCACGUGCACCGACGCGACCGGGCAGCGCGGCGCUCCGGAGCUAGAGCGGGCCCGUCAGCAUGAGCGCGACGCCGUCGGCCGACUGACCCAGGCGGCUGACAAGACGUCCCGCGAAGCUAUUCGCGCCAUCCAAGAGCAGAUGGAGGGCGCCUGGGGCGCGGCGCGCCGCGAGCGGGACGCCGACACAGCGACCAUGCGCGACCUGGAGGACCUGGAGCGGACGCGGCUGGGCGACGACGAGGCGUCGCAGGGCGACGCGGCGCGCUGCAGUCUGCCGCGCCUGCCGCCACGCACCCGCCACCUCUCGCUCGGCCCGCCCCUGCGCAUCCACAAGGUCAACAUCGGCGAGAUGCUGCCGCUGGCGCUGCAGGCGCCGCCCGUGUUCUGA